AUGAAGUUAUUGUUGUCUGUCUCACUUGCAACCGUCUACGGUGCCAUCUUCGUGCAUGGGACACUUGACACCCGCGCCACGGGAGGCUACGUCCAGAACUCCUCCGGUUCCGCUUCCUUCACCAUGUAUUCUGGCUGUGGUUCUCCAGCAUGCGGAAAGACUGCCUCAGGUUUCACCGCAGCAAUCAACCAGUUAGCGUUCGGGUCCGGGCCUGGACUGGGUCCGGGCGACGCGUGUGGCCGCUGCUUCUCGCUGACGGGUCAGGCGGACCCUUACUCACCUGCUUUCACGGGCCCGUUCAAGACUGUCAUCGUGAAGGUCACCGACCUGUGCCCCGUCUCUGGCAACGAAGAAUGGUGCGGCCAGUCGACGUCUGCCACGACAAACCAGCACGGCGCGCCUUUCCACUUCGAUCUAUGUGAAGAUACGGGCGCAGCUGCGGCGUUCUUCCCGUCUGGUCACGCCAAUGGUCAGGAACUGACGGCUCAGGUUUGUGGAAUGGAGCUUGCCUCAACGGGGAGUCUGCAGGUCUUUGGCCCUCAGGCGUUGGCUGCGGCAACCAAGGUUCAUCUGAUCGAUUUCUACUCAUUCGAACUGUCGGACUCACUCCGCGAUAUUGACAGGCACCGCUCCUUCGUAAAAUACCCCGUGUCAUAA